GGCCUGCACCACCACACUUGACGUCCCCCAAGCACCUUUUUUUUCCUGCUCAUCCACAACCUACCAUCUCGUCUUUGCGGCUCAGUCAUGCACUUACACUGUUGACAAGGUCAACUUUCUCACCAGUGCAAUCAAGGCAAUUGUCUUUUGACAUAUCGUUUCCUUUUUUACGGAGGCGAACGAGAUAAUCUAAUCUUUCAUCCUACACGACUUUCACAUUUGUAAACCAGAAAAAAACGAAUUCCCCCAGAAGAUCAGCACCUGGACGCGGCAGGCGCGAUCAUCAACAACACCGUCAAUUUCAUUGCAGCAGCCACGUACUUCAGCCACACCAUCUAGCCUUAUUGUCAUCAAGUUCAACAAUGCGUCGUUAAUGCGCCUAGGCACCACUUGCGUCUCUUUCAGGUCUAUUUCGAUUAAUUUCCUGUAGGGACUUCAAUCGCGUCCUCCGUCGUCGUUGUCCAAACCCAUGGCGUCCGAGAAAGGUCCCGUCGCGACGGAAGCCCCGCCCUUCUCUUCGGCUACCUCUCAACCUGCCAUUCCAUCCGAUCCCGUCUCCGUCGAGACUUUGACGGCUGAGGCUGCUCGCGCGACACAGUCGCUGAAGAGGCAGCGGGAAUCCUCGCCACUCUCGCCGUCUUCAGCCCUCACAGCUGCACUCCACCGGGAAUUGUCACCAUCGAAAACGGCAAGGCUUAUCGGCGCGACAUCGAGAUACUCACCUACACCCAUGACUGGCGCUGCGGCUGUUGAAGACGAGCGGCGGAUGGAGGAGGAGCAGUAUAGGCUUGAAGUCUCGGGUGCUAGUGACAAUCCUGCAUUCAAGGCUCAAUCUGCGCUAUUGUCUGCAAGCGCUCUUGCCAUGAGUCGACCCCAAGAAACUCCUCAGGAAGCCCCCCAAGACACACCUAUGGAUGCGCCACAGGCCAUUUCUCAGGCUGUCCCUCAAGAAGCUGCUCAGGAAAUUCCUCAAAUUCCUCAUGGCCUUCCUCAGGAUGCUCACGAGGAAGAUGGCGCACAACCUGCUCCUCAUCCCGUCUCGAUUCCGCUCCCCGACGGCCAAGAUCCAGAGAACAAGCCUGAGAACGUAAGCCCCCAGAGCGCGACCAGCUUGGGCAGCUUAGGUGGUGGGCCUGGUGCUCAGGUAACGACGAGCCCAGGACCUAUGGAGAUCGACGGACGUAGUGACCGGUCUGGCUUUGGAGCACAGCCGCCGGCUCCAAUGGAGGAUAAGGGUGUCGCCUCGUUAUCGUAUCCCGGUAUACUACCACCAAACGCUAAUAUGCCUGCUCCUCCUGUUCGGGGUAUGAGCAUGCCAAUGCCUGGUAACCCACAAACACCACGCUCGCCGAACUCAAAGAAGCAUAAGUGUCCGUAUUGCGAAACGGAAUUCACCCGCCACCACAAUCUGAAGAGCCAUCUUCUGACUCAUAGUCAAGAAAAACCAUACGUCUGCCAAACGUGUUCGAUGCGUUUCCGUCGUCUACACGAUCUUAAACGUCACACCAAGCUUCAUACUGGAGAGAAACCUCAUGUAUGCCCGAAGUGCGAUCGAAAGUUUGCGCGUGGUGAUGCUUUAGCGCGACAUAGCAAGGGUCCUGGCGGUUGUGUGGGUCGGCGAAGUAGCUUGGGCAGCUUUCUUGGCGAGGAAGAAGUCGAAGGAUCAAGUCAUCUUGAGGGCGAUGAUUCCGCAAUGUCUGGUGUCAUUUACGAGGGUGGCAACGAAUCCGAAUUGACUGAAGAGGAAAGGCGACGUCUAAGUUUACCCAGCAUAAGGGCCCAGCAUGUCCAAGGAUCCACUGCAGGUCGACUGUAUCCACCUAAUAUGGAUCGUGGCUCUGGAAGCUCAAAUGCUUCCCAGACCCCCGCUACGAGCAUUUCAUCCCUUCCUGUGGGGACUGGCAACCCAGCCAUGUACGCCCAGAAUGCCAUGACUGAGAGCCCUAAACCACUCAGCCCCUCUGGCAUACAGGGCCAUGAUUCUACCAACAUUAACAGACAGCGCUCACCUAGCUUGACGGCCCAAUUUCAACAGCAACACUUCAGUCGUCACCAAUCAGAUCGACACACACCCCCAGUGCCCGGAUUUGCCGCGACCGAUGCCGCUAGAUACGCCGCCUCCGCUGGCGGUCUGCAAGGCGCUGCUCCCGCGCCGCAACCCGUACCUGGAAACUCAGGUCAGCCCGUAGCGCCGGGUCCUGAAGUUGAUCACCCGCAUGCAUCAGGUGACCAAAAUGGCGGAAGUGGCGACAGCGCAAGCAAUAACAUAUUUGCAACCGACCAAGGCAUUUGGGCCUACAUUCAUGGCCUCGAAGAGCAGGUGAGGCAGCUUAACGACCGAGUUCAAGCUAUGGAAGCAACGGGUAGAUCUCAGGAGGAAAAGAUUACGUAUCUUACCAACGAGGUGGCAACUCUUCAAAACCAAGUCGAAGUCAAGACGGACGCAGCUGAGAAGCUCGGCUGAGAGGAUGCUUCGAUGCUCCGAAACUUAUACGAAAUAAAGAACCAUGGCAUUACGACUAGGGAGGCAUGAAUUGGCGAAGGACUUAUUAUGUAUGCAUGGCGCAUAUGAGGAACCCGAUGUUGCGGAUCCGAUUCUUAUCGGUUGGCAUCGUCCGUUAAUGGAUGGAAGCUCAUCCUGAUAAGGGGGCGUUUGGGGAGUUAUCAAGUUGCCUACAAAAAGCUGGGGUAUUGUUUUGCGUCGAUUGACGAGUUCCCUUAAGGUCUUUCGUUUUGAUUCCAGUGAUAUCCUAUGGGUCUUCGGGCUUGGAGCCGGGUGGAACCCAGUAUUUGACUUCCAUACCAUCCAUACCAUCCAUCACUCGCAAGUCCGUGUACUAUAUACAAACGCAGAUAGAUGCCUCGAGGCAGGGCACAAAAGGCAAAGCCGUCGCUAAACUAAUGAAUUGAGCUGAUCAAGUUAAUUAAUGCUGAAUACUUCGACUGGAUAUAUGUCUCGUAUAGGUUUGAUCAAUUUGUAAUGAUGAUGAA